CCCUAAAAUACCACUCUCCUGCAUUCACGUACUUGGCCCGACCAGACCCGACCCUAGUGUGAGGUAGAUGGCACGGCAAUUAUGUAUAGUAUACUGCGGUAAGUCAGACAUUGCAUUUUUCUUCUUUGCCCUGGACAGGACUGGAACAAUGUAUGAGGUGACCUAUCUUUCGUGAGCGCUGGCAAGUUGCAGGACAGGGUCGCAUUCGUCUUCGAGACAGUCAAGUCAAGGGAUGUCGGUGUGUCUCAUUUCACCGCCUAGAACACAUAAGGGUACAUACACAAACAUACCUACCUCAGUCAAGUCUCUGUCUGCCUCCCUGUGGACGAGCUAUAUACCAGAUCUGUCACCGUCAAUCCCCAUAUUUCAACCACAAACAUGUUCCCACGCCCACGAACGGGCUUCGAGUGGUACAUCUGCGAUAGAUAACUGCCAACGACUUCCCGCUACCACGAGCUCUGCCUGCUUGAAGCUUAGCUGUUGCUGAGCAGCGAGCGAUGAACAUGGAUUCGAUUAAAGACGACCUGCCGUCGGCCAUGACGAUGGCUGCCUUCGCCGGCAUUUCCUUCUAUAUCGGCGCCGAGCUCAACGUGUCGCUUUUUCUAUUCUUCAAACGACGACGAGGGCUAUACUUCUGGUCGUGCGCCCUCGCAAGCUGGGGUAUCAUACUGCAGUCUAUCUUCAUCAUACUAGCCGAUUUCGAAAUCUGGAGGAACCUAAAAGGCUCCAUCACAUUUAUCUACCUCUCAUGGCUUCUGAUGGUUGUUCCUCAGUCAUGGGUUCUCUACUCACGAUUAUACCUUCUCAUGCAACAUGAUAACACGUUAAGAUGGGUAAAAGCUAUCUUGAUAUUCACCUCGAUUGUUUUUGGCGUCACCACCAUACCCCUGGGAAUUCUCGCACAAACGGUGAAGCCCUCACUCGGCCCGGUGAACGCGGUCUGGGAUCGUCUACAAACGACCGUUUUCUUCGUACAAGAGACUACUCUCAGUAUUCUGUACAUAUGGCAGACGCGGAAGCACCUACGCGAUGUAGCUCCCUUACUUCAGCACUCGCAAUUAUCCCUCGACUCGGCCACGACCCGAGCGAAAGUCAGCAAAACCAAAACCAUGCUUCAACACCUCGUUUACAUCAACAUAUUAAUCAUCAGCCUCGACAUCGCCCUCCUAGGCGUGCAAUACGCGAGCCUAUUCUACCUACAAGGCGCCUUCAAGCCCGCCAUCUACGGCGUGAAGCUGAAGCUCGAGUUCGUGGUCCUGAACCGCCUCGUCAAGAGCGUCUCACACCGAAAUGUGACCACCGUGGGCAGCGACAUCCGUCACGGCUCUGAGUCCGAUGCUGGGGGAAUCAACCUCACCCGCCCGUGGAGCACACCGAGGCCCGCUUCGGUGCCCGAGGACGAGCGGCACCUGAAGAGCCCACAUGCGGUCCACCAAUCUAGCAUAGAGUACCUGAGGGAAACGCGGCCACUACACAUAGCGUAGUGGAGAACGAAUAUACGACACCGAGCUAGUCGGCGGAACAACACCGCCGCCCAUACGACUUAUCACACUACAGCGGAAAAAGGGAAUACGGGGCGUUGGGAUCAUUUCAUUUUGGCAUACGGGCCACGGGAGGCGUAUUAAUCGGUACUAUACGGGAAACACUGUACCCUUUGGGAUGGGCAUUGAUAUGUUUUUUUCAGCGCGGGGUCUAGGCGGGUUUCAGCUCAUAUCGGCUUUCUUUCUUUUUCUUGUUCAAAUACUGUAUGGCUGCGAGAGAGAAAAAAAACAAUACCCUUUGGCGCGCGCUACGUGGAGUUAAGAAAGGGAAAAAGCGCCAUCUAACUAUACCUAUCAUCGUUGUCUUUUUUUUUUUUUUUGGUCAUCUUCAUAUAGCUUCUCUCUCAUGGAAGUAAGGGCAGGCUCUUUAGUUCCGAGGGAUGAUCACGUAACUAGUCUGUUGAGAUUGCGCAUUUCAAAGCAAUUGAAAUAGUGUACUCAUAA